GGGGUGACGUAGCGCACAGAAUAAAAUGGCGGCCGUGACUUCUGAAGGAGCCCGAAUAUUGAUCUUGGUUGGCUGUUUUCCCUGCGGGGAGGCUGCGGAAGUAGCUCUGCGUGCCGCCGGAAGUUGGUGAUGGUGCCUGGCGGACCUGACCUGGUUGCGGACAGACCUUCUUCUCCAUGCGGGCCGGGAGUGUGAGUCGAAGGUGGAGGUUCUGCUCCACCCUGAUUUGCAUAUGCUAAUAUAUAUUGAUACAUUUAAAUAUUUGCAGGUUGGCGGUGGCCGUUAGGGAUGCCUCACCAUAGAGGGUUGCCCGUUGUGCGUAUGCUAAUUUAUGCAAAUAAUUGUCUCGUGUUUGUGUGAAUUGGUCACCGGGUUAGUAAUAAACAGGUUUUGUUUCAUGUGUUCUUCUUGCAUCGUUUCCCUAAAUAUCUCAAGGUGAUCACAUGGGUGACCCCUCCCCCAAUGAAGGGUUCUCACAACACCCGUGUGAGGUAGGCUUGACCAAGAGAAAAUGGCUCAAGAUCAGCCAGACUAGUGUCAGUGGCUGAAGGGGGAUUUGAACCCAGGCCUUAUGGCGUCCAAGUCCAAUUAUUGUGUCGCUGUCUCUUUCUGUCCACCACUCCAUUCUAAUAGGAUUUCAGGAUUUUCAUAUGGGCUUAACUUGGAUAGAUAGAUCUGUUAUAUCUGCUUUGCAGAUUCUUAGAUUUCUUUGUAAGAGCUUGGUGUAGAAAUGAUGGUUAGUAAGAAAAUGAUAUCCCAUCAUUCCUUCCAAAUUGCUCUGAGGGACAUAUGGAAUUCUCCUUUCAUCCUCUCAACAACCCUACGAGGCUGAGAGGGACUGGGUCAGAAUUGGGUCAUUGCUGAGUUGGGUGAGAUUUGAGCCUGAGAGUUCAGUAAUAGUUUCCUAUCUCUGUUCUGGGCUAACUGAAACUUGUUUUUCUGUUUAUCAUCAAUUUGAUGUGGAGGUUUGAGUCUCUAUGGCUUUUUGUUGUUGUUGUUCAAACAGGGUCCUUCACGCAAAGCAACUGACAGACGCCCUUCAAAGAAGCUAAAAUGUGAAAAGAAAAGCCUGGCUAAACAGGAGAUACAAGGAGCCAAUUUCUGUGCGAGCACCAGCCACCUUCUCUUCCCAAAAGAGACAGCCGAUAAAGCCGCCUCAGGCGUGAAGUUUCCACACCUCAAGAUGAUGCUGCAAAGCGAAGGGAAGGAGGUUCCUCAGAUAGCUGAAGAGAUGCUGGAGGCUGAAGAGGAUGGCCUCUGUGUGAAGCCAUCAGCGCCAGGUACGGAUGGCAAAGCCCUCUUCCAGCCCCGUGUCCAGAAUGUGGAGGAAGAGAAUGAGGAAGAAGAAGAGGAAGAGGAGAGCUGUGGAGCUCGGUUGUCGGAUGACUCUGAGAUGGAGCCAGAGGUGCUGAGUCAAGGCUUCAAGUUGGACAACAGCAUUUUCUUGAAUGAGGACAGCAACCAGCCACUGCCAGUAGACCGAUUCUUUGGCAGUGUGGCGUUUAUGCAGGUAGGGGAAGGGGGUCAGCAGAAGGAAGCUUGGGGUUAUGGCUGCAACCCAAAUCCCACUCAUUUAGGAAGCUCUUGUAUUAUUAUUAUUAUUUAUUAUUAUUUUAUUAAACGUAUAUCCUGCCCAUAAGAAACCAGAGAAAGAAAAACAAUUUAAAAAAAUAAAAACAUUUAAAAACAGUCACAUAGUCAUCACAGCUAAUAAUUUCAAGGGUGCCCAAAAUAUAUGUCUUUGUAGGACUUCUGAGACAACUAAUAAAUUUGGGUAGGGGAGCUUUUUGGCUCCUUAUUAGGAUCUAGUCUCAUGAGCUAAAUUUUAAGUAUGGGUGAGGUUGCCCACCUGUCAUUCACUUAACUGCUCCCUUUUUUGAUGGAAAUGAAUGUUUUAUGUCUGUUUGACACUGAAGGGCUGAGGGAGACAUAAAGUGGUGUUCAAUACUAGUCCUACUCAAAGUAGUUCCAUUGAAUGGUUAUCUUAGGUUAAUUAAUUUCAGUGGAUCUACUCAUGACUAUGACAUAGCUGAAUACAACCAAGAAUAGAUAAUUGUUUUCUUGUUUUACUAUAAAUGUUGUUGAUUUAUCAAGUUUUUGUUUUUAUUUGCCUGGUUCUCAUAAACCAGCAGAAUGAAAGAGAUGCCAAAGAGUUUCUUUGCAGUUCAGCAGCUUGUAGCUCCAUUUCUAACUUAUUUUUCUCAGGAAAUUAAAAAGUAAAUUCAAUUUGUAAUCAUUGACUGAAUAAAUUGCAUUUUUAGUAUAUCAAACAUGAUAAUUUAAUGGCAAACCAAUUUAUAUAUUUUAAGACAUUUUAUGUUCCUAAAGUAACAAAGUGACUUUUGAUCCAUUAAGGGUGCUAAAAAAAUGCAUAUUUUUUUUCAAUUCCCUCCCCUCCCCCAAAUUUCCCAGGGAGGGGGAGAAUGGAGGGGGAACAGUUCUUUUCCACAGCUUCACAAUUUCCAGAAACUUUACGUCUAAUCGGUUGUCCUGGAUGUUCAUGCAUUCUAGGAAUAACAUGGUACCUUCCUGAUGCUAUUGGACUACAGUUCCCAUGAUCCCAUGCUGGCUGAGGCUGAUGGGAGCUGGAGUCACACAGGGCCCCGAGUGGUCUGUCUGAAGCAACCUUGGCCCAUGCAUUAAGUCUGCUCUUGGCUUGUUCCUUUCCUAGGACCUCCCAGCCCAUCCUCUCUCCCGGGUGUCUGCCAGCAGGAGAGAGCUGAGAAAGGGACACUUCAUAGCCAAGGACGAUGAUGACGAUGAAAAGGAAGAAGUCGCUUGAGCACCGAGCACUGACCCGGUCACCUUCAGUAGCUGCCAUUUCUUUUUCCCUGACGCAAAUGUGCAUCUCACCACCGUUGUUGCAUCUUCUAGAGAAGUGCAUCUUCUUUUUUGAAAAAGUUAACCCUCCCAGUUCAGAUGUUGGAGGCAAUGUCACAGACUGCGUGUGAGGCAAAGGCAGAAAGUCAGCAGAAAGUUUGACAGCACUUGUUACGAACAACUCCUGACUCCCAGAAGGGGAGAAGAGCAAACAGUUCCCAGAAGCAGCAUGUGUGUGGGAAACAAGUCAGUAUCUUGAUUCCUGUGAGAAUGCAAGCUUGGAAGGUAGGAGUUGUGGGGUCACUUGGCAACUCCCUGCAGGCGCUUAGACCUCAGGGGUCGCACCAGCAAGCUUGGGAGGAGGGUUUGCAGGAUCUCUCGGGCACAGUGAGAGAUGCUAGCCCCAGUAUGAAUGACUAUCCCCUCCAGCCUCCUUUUCCAAAGAGGUAACGAUCCACUUUGCCUACAGUAUUUCUUGCACUGCUGAUCACCCAGGUUGCGAGGCAGCGGCCUGGAACGGCAGAAGCUUAGUAGAGAACUAAUUAAAAACGAUUUAUAGAGCCCUUAAGUUGUGUUAGUUCAUGUUGCAAAGCGGCUGAUGCCAGAGAAGAGAAAUCUGCUCUCUGGAUUUUGUUGCUCCUAAUGAACGGAAGACUGUCGGAUAGUUCCCGAAUGACAGUGUUAUUUGUGUUGGCAGGAUUUUAUUUAAUUUUUAUUGCACAGGAGGAAAACACAGCAUGGAGGAGCGGUGCAGAAAUUGAGGAGCCACAGGGCUAAGCGGGGCAGCGAGGGGGGUGUUACCAAAUUUUCUACCUCAAGGAAGCUUCUACCCCAGUUGAUCUGCCACAGAAGCCUAGACUGUUGCAGAGGAUUUUGAGAAAUAGUAGAAGAGCCCUGGUGGAUAAUAGAUGUGUCAUCUAAUCCAGCCUUCCAGAUGUUGUGAGCUCUAUAAAUUCCCAGUAACCACCCAGCAAGGGAUCAGGGAUGAUGGGAGUUGUAGUCCAACAGUUAGAGGGCAACAGGCUGGGAAAGGCUGCUCUAUUCAAACGUCUUACAGCAGCAAGUUAGGUGCCUCCAAAUGGGCAUCUGGAAACCAGGCAUUCUCACAGUUUAGCUCCUCUUAGUCGCCUUAGCUAAUUACAGCUGAUAAUCCUUUCCUCCACUAAUCUGUCUAGCUCUUUAUAGUAAGUUGGACUAACCUGCAUCCGUCCAGAUGUUCCUGGACUCAAAGCAUACUUAACAAUUGGUUGUACAAACAAGCUAAAUUGGGAGCUGGAGUCUCAACAUUUGGAGGGCUUUAGGGUAUCCUCCCCUGAUUUAGAGUCAAAUUGAAAGGAAACCACCUCUGUUUCCUACACGCCCCCCCCCCCCGAAAGUAAUUGGGAGGUAUUUUAUUUACUUUGUUUAUAGCCCACAUUCUUCUCCAAAGAGCUUGAGGUGGUGUACAUGGUUUCCCCCCCCCCCUCCUUAUUUAACCUCCACAACAGCUUUGUGAGGUAGGUUAGCCUGAGAGGCAGCGACUGGCCCAAGGUCAGCCAGUGGGGCCAAGUGGGGAUUUUGACCCCGGUCGCUCUAAGCAUUAUCCCACACUGCUUAGAGAACCAUAGUUUUCUGUGUGACAUCACAGUGCUCACUGCAUUAAUCCCUGUCCUCCUUUCUAUUUCCAUGGCUAGCAACCAACAUUUUGCAUGUGAUACACUCCUUGGGUCCUGCUGUCAUGGAUUUGUUGGAUGCAGAGGAAUGGUAGGAAGAACCAGCUGGGGAAUCCCCAAAGGGAAGAAGGCUCAGAGACAGGGGAUUGGUGGGAAAACAAUGAGGGAGAAGACUGGGAGGAGAAGGUGUUGGAAGCUGAAGAGGUAACAGGGCUUGGUGAGAAGGGGGAGUUGGUAUGGGGGGAGCAUACAGUUGUCCUAAAUGUAUAGGACUUGUUUCUGAACAGACCUGCUUAGGACUCUACUAGACAGGAGAGCUAGAUAUGCUACAGAAAUAAAAUCAGGGCUUUACAGGCUCUGGGCUUGAAAUGAAGGAUACCAGCAUAUGUGAUUGGUUUCUUAUUUUUCAUGUUCCGUUCUGCAGUACUGCAGGAUAAGCCAGGCUGAAAAUGGCACAGAAAACAUAAGGCAGUGAAGCCAUUUUCUGUUUCUACUACUUGAUUUAGGGCUUCUCCAUGCUUUGCAUGGUGGAACUUCCGCCACACGAGUACUCAUAUAGGUAAACAAUGAGCCUUCCAUUUAAACAUUGCAAAAUCCCCAUAGGAUGUGGAGAAGAAUCCAUUGUUUGACUUGGGUGACUGCAUGGGCCCUGGCCAAUAGGCACCCACAUCAGGGAAAUAAAUGGAGUUGCCAGCAUUCGGGAGUUCAAAAACGUGUGCCCUUCCUCCUGAUGGAGACAGCCACGUGCAACUGAGGUCAAGGGCCAGAAGGCAUUGGGACUCCACAAAAUAAAGGCUCAUCGGCCAGACCACCAACCCAGGUGCUCAGGAAAAAGGUACAUCAGCCCACAACUUAGAAGUCACUCCCUUGGCAAAUGGGGGGGGGGGGUCACUUCCGGAUCUUGUGGACCCCUUUCCGUUUUCGGUAGAUCUUGCUCUUGUCACAGCUGAGGUUAUGGUAGGCUUUCUUGUGGCAGGCAAUGUGCACCAGUUUCAGAUUAUGGACGGUAAACAGCAGCUGGUAGAAGUAUUCCCAGUUCACUUCCCUGCCGUCUCGGCCCUUUACAGCUUCUGCUAACGUCGGGAGGACCAUCCGCUUCUUCUCAAUUCUGAAACAGAAAGCAAGCCCUGUGGAUGUUAAUGUUUAGAGCCUUUUUCAGAAUUUGGAAACAAGCAAAUGUUUCCUGGGGACCCAAGGCAGUGCACGUUCGGUGCAAACCCAGGGGAAAUAGCAGAAUUCUGAGUCCUGAAUCUCAGGGCUCAGGGCUGUUGCUUUUCAAGUUCGUUUUAAAGUAACAUCUAUUGCCCCACCCAGCAUUGUAAUGUGGCCCCCAGAAGGCUGCCUGCUUAGCAACACAGCCCCUGAGCUGGAAUAGGUUGUCCAACCCCAAAAUUGGAAGAAAUCAGUCUGCCUUCCGGUGCCUUUUGUCUUUCCAAAAUGGCAGGAAAUGCCCGUUCAGAUAUUGCACUUGUACCUACACAUGGUCGAGGUUCCAGGUGCUAAAGAGGACUCUGCUCUCUUUGUUCCCAUACGGAUUGAUGGAGUGUUGGCUAGGGCAGUUUUCUGCAUCAAAAGGGCCCUGCGGAAAGACAACAGCAUGAAAUAAUAAUACAGUAAUGUUGUUAUUUAUACCCUGCCCAUCUGGCUGGGUUUCCCUAGCCACUCUGGGCAGCUUACAGCAUAUCUAAAAACAUAAUAAAAACAUCAAACCAAAUAAAAACCGAAGCUGAGAGUUCAUGGGGAAAAGGGAAUACAUCAAUUUACAUAAAAAUAAACAAGCUUAAAUAAAUCUCUGCAAGGGGACAGGGUGUCAUGGAAUGAGGAUCACAGCUCCCUCCUGUGCCCUUGUGAAGCAGGUUAGGCUGAGAGGCAUCAACUCUCAGCAAGCUUUGAGGCCGAGUGGAGGAAUCUGAACCCUGGUCUCCCGAGUCCUAAACCCUAAGGCAGUGGUUUUCAAUCACUGUGCUGUGGCACCCUGGGGUGCCUUGAAUGAUGCUCAGGGUUGCCACAGGUAACACUGGCUUCUGACCCUCUUCCCUCCCUCCUGAUUCCCUCUCACAUCUUUGCCUCUCAAAGGCUUGCACAGCUGCUUGUUGCAGUCCUGGCUACAAGCUCCACAGGUGAGCCUUGCUCUGGGGCCUACAAGCUCUGGGGCCUUGGAGCAAGCAAGCAAACAGGUGAGGGAGCCCACCCAGCCAAUCCGCCAGCCCUUGCUGUUGGGAAUGGACAGACAAGUCCCAGGGCAGUGUGAGGAGGUACCUCUCUUUGAGGGGACAGCUAGGAGACCAGGCACAGUGGCAGCAGCUGCCCGGAGGACUCCCAAGAAGAGGGGAGAGGAAAGGAGGCCGAGGGGAUGUUCCACAAGGGAGGGUGUUUGAAAAAGGGUGAGAGGCUGCCAGCUCUGCAGGCAAGGGGAGACAUAACUGGGCUUCUGAGCCCCCACAGGGUUGCCGCAGAAAGAAUGUCGGUGGUCAAGGGAGACAUGGACUCAAAAAGUUUUAAACCUUUGCUCUAAGGAAUGCAACUGAGAACUAAGCCAGUUGGGACACUGCAAGGGCCUAUCCAGCUCUGCCCAGCCCUACAAAGGGAAGCUCGGAGGCCAGGUUUCAAUCAGAGGCUGAAGAGAGAAUCUUGCCAAGGAUAGCGCCUGCUCCCUCUCCAUCUCUGUCCUACUCACGCUGCUGCCGUCGGAGGUUCACCUCUUGCCCGCCAUGGAUUCCCUUCCCACUCUUCUGAACUGUUUCAGUUGCUGCUUCUGAAACACGAACCUUGCCUGUCCCUGCCUUGGACUCCAAAGAACUAGGACCUCAUUUCCCCCAGACAUGGGGGUCUGAAGCCCACCAGAACCUGUGAAAAGGGGUCCUUAAGGGGUAUGGCUUGAAGUCUAGGCAGCUGGCCCAGAGGUCAGAACCCCUGGCUGUUGGUGGCCAGUGUUUUUCUUUUUUAAAAAAAUAUAUAUUUUUAUUCAUUUUACAAUACAAAAAUAUAAAAACGCAUAACAAAGUUUUUCACAAAUACAUUUUUUUGGACUUCCCUCAGCUCUUCUGCAAAUCCUCCGUUUUAAUCCUUCUUCCACAUUUCUUAAUUUAAUAUUGCCUUUUAUUAAAAGCCUCCUCCCUCUU